AUGACUAGUGAAGAAGUUGAACUUAGUAAAACACUUGAAAAUAGUAGUUUACAAACAGCCAAACAUGAACCAUCACAAGCCAGAGAAGUAGCAGAUGCAUUGAAAGCACAAGCAAAUGAAGCAUUUAAGAAUAAGUCUAAUUUUCUCCAGAAUCUUUAUUCAAAGGCAAUCGAGAUUCAUCCCGAUGCUAUUUUAUAUUCAAAUCGUAGUUUCGCCUAUUUGAAACGUGAAUAUUAUGGUUACGCGUUGUCUGAUGCCAAAAAAGCAUUAGAAUAUGAUCCAAAAUAUAUUAAAGCUUAUUAUCGUCGUGCUUCAGCUCAAAUGGCAUUGGGAAAAUAUACCAGUGCAUUAAACGAUUACGAAUAUGUGAAAAAAGUGUGUCCAAAUGAUAAAGAUGCGGCUAUAAAAUAUGAAGAAUGUAAGAAAAUUGUUACUCGUAUUCGAUUUGAAAAAGCAAUAUCCGUUGAAGAAACAAAUAAAUCAGUGGCCAAUCAAGUUGAUAUUAGUAGUAUCACAAUUGAAAAAGAUUACGAUGGACCGCAGUUAGAUGCAAAUGGUCGGGUUACAAAAGAAUUUAUGAUGACAUUGUUAUCUUAUUUUGAAAAUCAAAAAAAACUCCAUAAACGAUUUGCCUAUCAAAUUCUUUUACAAAUAUUAACAUUGUUUAAAACAUUACCAUCAUUAAUUGAAAUUAAUGUUCCGCCUAAAAAGAAAUUUACAAUAUGUGGUGAUGUUCAUGGACAAUUUUAUGACUUACUCAAUAUAUUCAAACUUAAUGGACCACCAAGUGAUGAUAAUCCUUAUGUAUCCUUUAUUUUAAAUUUUAUACCGUAUAAAUUAGUUAUAAAACAAAAGUCUUUUUUCUUAACAGAAUAUUUUUUUCAUAGUUAUUCAAUGGUGAUUUUGUUGAUCGGUAAUCACGAAUCGCUAACAAUGAAUCAAAUGUAUGGUUUUGAAGGUGAAUUAUUUACUGAAGUAUUCAAUUAUCUUCCAUUAUGCCAUUGUAUAAACAAUAAAGUAUUGGUUAUGCACGGCGGAUUAUUUAGUAAAGAUGAUGUUACAUUAAAAGAUAUCAAAGCAAUUGAUCGGGUACGACAACCACCGGACGAAGGUCUAAUGUCCGAAUUACUUUGGUCAGAUCCGCAGCCACAGAAUGGACGAUCCGAGAGUAAACGCGGAGUCGGUUUGCAAUUUGGACCUGAUGUAACAGAAAAAUUUCUCAAAGUAAAUAAUUUAGAAUAUGUUGUUCGAAGUCAUGAAGUGAAACAAGAGGGCUAUGAACUGGCCCAUAAUAAUAAAUGUAUUACAGUAUUCAGUGCUCCAAAUUAUUGUGACACCAUGGGCAACAAAGGAGCGUAUAUUACGAUCUUUGGCGAUAAUAUUACUCCUCAAUUUACUAGUUAUACAGCUGUCGAUCAUCCAAAAGUUCGUCCAAUGGCAUUUGCUAAUAAUUUGUCAAUGUUUGGUCUUAUGUAA